UACACGCGCAAUCGAUAAUGACAGAGCUUCAUUCCGUAAAAUGUGAUUUUUAUUUUCUAGCAAUUCGUAAUCAAAAAUAUUAAUAGCAAUCGUCUUUAAGUAUCAUAUAUAGCAUUUUACGUGCCCUUGUUAAACGAUGAGGUUCUUUAUAACGAUCAGAAAAACCUAUCGUCUAUCACACAUCGGUUCCUGUCAUAUUAUUUAUGAAUCAAUUAAUGCAUUAAAAAUUUGCUACAAAUUAUCGACAGCUAUUUUAAAAUGUGAUGGGAGUGAAUUUAAAUUGAAAUGAAAGGAAUAAUUCCAUUUGUUUUUAUUGUUGGGCAGUACAAAAUACUUUGCAACAACAGCAAUAAUCGUAGCGACAUCUCCGCGACGUCCGCCAUCUUAUUGUAUUCAUCAUGGCUUCUACGGAGUCUUUGAUGUGCGAUACACUCGACCUCAGUGGCCAGGGCCUCAAGAAGCUAAGCCGGUGUCCAUCUGAUGCAGAUAUCAGCACAUUGAUUGUGGAUGAUAAUGAGAUCCAGAGGCUUGACAAUCUUGAUUCUUAUCACAGAAUCACUAAGCUAUCUGUUGUAAGGAACCAGUUGAUACGAAUGCAUGGUGUGUCCAAGUUGCACAAUCUUGUAACUUUGAACCUAGCAAACAAUGGUAUAUUGGCAAUAGAAGGUAUCAAAGAGAUGAUUAAUCUACAAACACUGUGCCUGGCUGGUAAUAACAUUAAGUCAAUUGAACAUUUACAUACUAAUACUAAAUUGGAGCAUCUAGAUCUGUCUGAAAACAGCAUCAGCCAUAUAUCAGACAUUUCUUACUUGCGAAAUCUAAAGGAACUCUUCUUGCAUAACAAUCGUAUAAUAACACUGCGACAGUGCGAACGCUAUCUACCCACGUCACUGGAAACAUUAACAUUAGCCAACAAUAACAUAAUGGAUCUAAAUGAAAUGUCUCAGUUGGGAAAUUUAACGAAUCUCGUAAAUUUCUCAAUCGCCAACAAUCCUUGUGUCAGUAUGACAGGUAAUAACAUCGGAUUUGAUUAUCGGCCAUUUGUUAUCAAUUGGUGUAUGAGUUUGAAAUCGAUUGAUGGUUAUGCCGUAGACCCCAUAGAAACUCUAAAGGCAGAGUGGCUCUAUUCUCAGGGUCGCGGCCGGCAAUUUCGUGUAGGUGAACAUUCGCCAUUAGCUCAAUAUCUAGCAUCCGUCUGUCCGUUGUCCGGUGAAUCAUUGGAAAACGAGUCGAACCGGAAGCUCAGACUGAUUUUGAGUAAAGCGCAGCAUCAUCAACAACAACUAAGCCAACAAAACGAUGCCGGUAGUGUUCACAGUCUAAGCAGUGUCGGUAUGAGCCCGUCACCAGCGACAAGGCGCCGUCUCAACACGAACAGGACAAGUUCCCCAAGAAGACCCAACUCUCUUAAUUUAGAUUCAUCACGCAACACCCUGAAGAUGCAUUCGCCAGAUCGAAUGGUGACCAGCUGCCACACCGAUGCAAUGGUUUCUUCCUGCCAUGCGAUCCUCAGUAGCGAACACGAUAGUCUGAUGACUCAAAGUCUGGAUCCGAAUAUGCUGAGUAGUUUAGCCAACAAGUCAAUGAACGAGCAUGUUCACUUGUUGCAGGAUGUUGAAGAAACCUCAAGUCCCCUGCAGGCAGCCACAAAGCUAGUACCAGUUCCAGAGUCUUUGAUGAGUCCAGACUUCCGACCGCCAUCAGGACUCUCUCGAAUUCUACCUAAGACACCACCCAGUAAAUUGAAUUCACCUAGUCAGAUAACGGUGCCCUCUAAAAUAUGCCCUGACAGUAAUGGAAAAGCGAUACCCAUAAUAAAUACAGCUAAUCCUAUGGCGAAGACGAAUCUUGGUACCCUGAAGGCAAACGCGCUGGCGAAGAGCAACUCAGCGACUAAUUGUACAGUGGCAAAGGUCAACAUUGCGAAGCCUGUGGUGACAAAUGUUAAUGGGAAAUGUCCGCAUAGCGUGAAAAUAAAUAAUUACGUUCAGAGUAAAACGCUGCCGGUGAAGCGUAACACUAAAGGUUCACCGAACUUAGGUAGAAGCGCUCAAAGACCAAAAAGUGCAAGCGACAGAAUGAAGAGUAAUCUGACGAGGCGCAAUAGGGACGGUGAUGGUAACGCCGACAAUAAUGCCAAUUUAAGCAGUGACGAAGACAGUGAAGUCUGUCAGGCUAAGCUUGAUGGUAUUCGACAUAGAGCUAUUCAACGACGUCAGGAAGAUACAAAUAAAGAAGAAGAUCAGACAGAGAAGGCAGCUAUUUGUAUCCAAAGAAUGUGGCGAGGAUACCGCACCAGGAACUUGAAUAAAAAGGCAACUAAUGUAUUGAAGACAAUUGAGAUGAUUCGGACGAAUAAAUAUAUCCAAAAACUUUCUACUGAUAUGGAAGCGACAAGAACAGCCCUCGAAAGCGAACACAAGUUGCAACUUCUGCAGAUGCAGGCUAUAAAUGCAUUAUGGAAGAAAGUCGUGAGCCUUCAACCUAGUGUUGGAACGGGUGGCGGGUGUAGCGACGGAGAUCUCACUUGCCACUCUAAGACCGACGUCGUUACCAAUCUUGCAGAAGCGUGCAACCUGUUGCAAACUCAGGUUCAACGUCUCCAGGACUCCAUGUCCGAGAUUAAACGUUGUGUGUCGAAUAUGCAACCAAAACCAGGUUUAGUCGAUAAGGGCGUCGCCACGCAGACUGAGAUAUCUGCAGUGCACACACCGGCUGGUGAAGAAAAUACAUUUCCAUAUGCGCGACCUUGCAGGCCACAAUCGCUACCAAUUCACCAGACGAUACACGAAGGAACAGAAAGUAAGAGUUUUGCUUCAAACCUGGUGGAUAGUGUCCUGAAGAAGGUUUCUCAGUCCACCGAUACAACAGAUGAUGAAAUCAACACAGACAUUCUCAACUCCAAUGAGAAUCCUGAGUUGCUGAACUUCAGCGAACACCCGGACGUGUUUAAGAGUUGUGAGGAGAUUGUCGACACAGAAUUCAAAGACAUCGAUAUGAAUGCUGAUGAAAUUGUGGAGAAUGAGUAUAAGGACGUCAUUGAGAAUGUCGCCAUUGAGGGCGUAGUUUGCGAGGAGACCCUGUGCAAGGAACUGCACAGUUUCAUUGAAACCGAAAGCAACAGGGAGAGCAAUGCGAACAAUGAGAAGGAGGAAAACUCUGGAGAACAUUAGAUGACCGAAGAAAGUUACUGCGACAAUUGAGAGAAUGAUUAGAAAUUACCGGACAUUACUUUAUUGAGCACUUAAACAAAAAUGCUCGCUAUAUAAGGAGAUCGAACAGCUGAUAAUUGAUUAAAAAAUGAAUUAGCCAAGAAGAUGCGAACGUCGCAUCCAUAAUCUAAGCGACAUAUUUACAGUUUCUUUUUUUACAAUUUUUUAAUAUCGGUUUAAGGAAACCGACACUUCCGAAAAGAAUCUAAUGAACUGCCAUGACCUUUGGUAAUGUUAAAUGCGAUUUAUUCGCAUCGCGAUGGCGAAUGGAAGACAAGUUUUCAAAACGACGCACGGUAAACGUGACGGUGUUGCCUUCUUAUGCGUUAAUAACACUUUAACGCCAUCUAGAAAUGCGAUUAGUUUAUUUGUCGAUAUGUCUGACGAUGAGGCCUUCGCGAAUAGAAUUAUCGUCUAUUUGCUAUUCAGUUGACGUACGCUACGAUCGGUAUUAUUAUUGCAUGUCAAUUUCCGAGAAUUACAUAAUACACUAAAGGAUGUAACGGAAUCAUUACGUUGUUCGUACAAAAAAUGGCGCUGCUACGUAAAGCAGAAUUCUCUAGUCAA